AUGUCCAAAGCUCUAGAAUCAUCAACUUCAAAGGAUGUAGAGAAGCUAUCACAACUGCUUUUUAUCAAAAUCAAACCGCUUUGUAUUGAACUUUCUCAAGAGACAACAGCUUCUGAUUUCCAAAAGAACAGAAUCUUAUCAUUGGUCAUUUCAAUCAAGAAUUGUUUACAAUCACAUCUAAAGGAGAAUCAGGGUGAAUUUCCUAUGUAUCGGCUAUCUGAAUCAAUAGCGGACUAUGUGUUUUAUCCGUUUUCAAAUUUGUUACGUCUUCCAGAGUUGGAUGAUUCAAUUGUACAACAUUUAUUAUAUGUAUUGGGAUUCUUGAUGCAAUAUUCUUGGAGCUUCAAUGUGAAAUUUGAGUUGGUGGACCAAUUGUUCCCAUUGAUCAUAUUCCUAUCAGCUGGAGAUUUGAAGACGAAACCUUCCCUGAUAAGUACAAAGUCAUCAGACUUUAAAGAUUCAGCAGGCUAUGCAUUAUCCGUGAUCACUAGCCUAGUCGAUCAUGACUAUUUUGGAGAUUCAGAUCAAGCCAAGCGUCUUUUAUUUCUAAGCAACACAAUUUCUGUACUGUUAGAUAUAAUAGCAACUACUAGCCCGGAUUCACAGGAAGGUGUUAAAAUCAUCACCAAUUCAUUUGAAACUAUCAUUCGCCUAACGAGCAAUCUAUCUCCAAGCAAGCAAUCGCAGAUUUUACCGGGGAUAGUAUCUUCAGUAGCGAAUUUCGUUUCUAAGAACCCAAAUAUAAAUCACCAGAUAAUUAUACGAAUUUUGAAUUUAUUGUCCAACAUGAUUUCCAGUUCUUUCAAUGAUAGAGAGUUACACACAAAGCUAGAUAUGGUGGAAGUAAAUGAUUUGAAGAAUAUCAAUAUUCAAUGGAACCAAGAUAGAGACUCUAGGAUCAAUGACUCCGAUAUAUCAAUUUCCAUAACUGAAUCUGAUCAUCGCACUUCGUCAUGGAUUAACGCCACUUCCAAACAACUAAAACUUGCAUUAAUACCAAUUUUUAAGUCUAUAUUAUUAGACUCGAGAAAUAGACACAGGUGGAAAAUGAACAUAACUUUAUAUGAGUCGAUUUUGCGACUUAUAACGAAAAUGUUGAAAAGUUGUUUCGUAACUUUAUUUGCGGACUUUGCUUCAUUGUUCAUUGAUAUAUUCUCCAUUUUGACUUUUAUAACAUCCCAUGACGACAACAAAGAAGAUUUGGCAAAAGCCUAUUCCUUGAGUAAUUCAAUGUGUUCAUCUAUCGAAUCUACUGACGGUGUAGAUUCUGAAUUGGUCCUAUUCAACCUUGUACAAUCCAAACUCUCGGACUUAAUAAACAGCAAGCUCCCUUCCCUUUUGUUUUCCACAGAUGAAGACAAGAUAUCCAUGAAUAUUCUUGCCAUUCAGUUUCAUUUCGUUUUGCUUGUCGAUUUAUCAAAGAAGGUACCGACUAACAGUGAGGUGGUCCAUACGUUGAAGAUGGAAUGUUUGAAGCUGUUACACCAAUAUUUGAUCCAAGGCUACGAGAGGGAGCACUCCAAUGAACCCACUUCAACAAUCAAUUCCGAUAAGAUAUCAACUCAUGGCGAGUCUCACACAAGCAAAUUAGAUAAUAUCGAGCUACCUGGUUAUAUAAACACAGGAAAUAUCGUGAAGCAACAACAUACAAAGAAAGUGUCAACAAAGUCUUAUAUCCACAACCUUCAGUUAAUAGCUAGUAAGUGGAACGAAUCAGAUAUUUCUACUGGUUCUAAUGAAACCCUCGUUGGCGUUAGUUCAAGGUUUAUAGAAGUUAAAGUGAAACAGCUUGUGAAUUUUUUGUCGUCUUUAAAGGUUGAAAAUACUGACAUGUUACAGGAUUUGGAGGAACUUAUUGAAAUGAAUAAUUCAGAAGAUGAACUAUUAAACAGUGGAAUAUCUCUUUGGAUGGCUAGCAACUAUUUAAGGGGAAAUAAUUACCAGACAACGGAUAACUUCGAUCCAGAAGAAUAUCUAAUUUUAGAGGAUGGUGAAGAUAAUGGUCUUGAGCAACUUGAUAACGAGUUGGAGCAUUCAUAUUUGAUAUUAGCAAAGGUAGAAGAUCUCAUAUCAGAAAUAGUCGAGAAGCCACUGUUGCAAUUAAACGAGUCCAGUAUAAUAGCUUUCUCAGCAGCGCUUGAUGCCGUGGAUGCUGUCGUUGGCAGGAUAAAUAAAGUCCAAUUUCAAAACGAUUUUCUCAUGGAUUAUCUUUUAUCGUUGUUCCAAGCAUUGACUUAUAAUGAUUAUCCCCAGAUUCAGCUUCAAGCUCAGAGCACUUUAAGAACAAUUUUAGCAACCUACUAUGACAAUUCGAUGAAAUCCUUAAUAAUGGAUAACCUGGAUUAUUUGAUCGAUAGUAUUAGUUUGCAAAUGUCUGUUGCUGGAAGUUUAACUCCCACGCUUCCAGGUAUUUUACUUAUUAUUGUCAAAGUCUCUGGUAUCCAGUUAUUGGAAUCAAAUCAACUUAAUGAUAUUUUGACAGAAAUGUUUGUAAUCUUGGACGCUUACCAUGGAUACAAUAACAUAGUAGAAAGCUUCUUUAUUGUUUUUGAAUCGCUUAUAGAACAGGUAGGGAAUCAUCAUAGUACUUCGCUUGCGAUAGAAAAUGGAAAUCUGUUUAAGGGGUCGUUGUACAAACCAUGGGGAAUAACCGAUAAAGAGGCACUUUUGAAUCUAAUCUCAUCAGCUGAUAGAGUCAUUGAUCCUUUUGAGGGGUAUAAUAGCAACACAGAAUAUUUUACGAGACCCAAAGAUGCACCGUUUUCAGAGAAUCUUCCAGACUCAGAUGACGAAGAAGAGGAAGAAGAGGUUGGAACCAACGAAGAACAUGAACCACCGUGGGAAUCGAAUAUUUCUAAGCAUACAUAUUUUAUUUUGCAACAAAUAUUUAAUUAUGGAUUUUCAUUGCUUUCGCAACCAUCAUAUUCGUUGAAAUCACAAAUUAUAAAAACCCUCCGUCAGAUUUUCCCAUUGCUCUGUACCAAUUUUAAGUUGGUAUUGCCAGUGGUAACUAGCAAUUGGCCAUUGAUAACGACAUUGAUUUGCGGGUCAGAAAAUCUUGCAAUAAACAUUCCUACAAAACCAUACACUGCAACAGAAGAUACCAGCUUAGUUAUACAAUCAUUAGAAUUUGCGACUGAAAUCCUUACACAAGAUACCAUGCAAAAAGAGUUUUUCUUUGGUAGAAAGUUUCAAGAAACGUGGGAUUUCCUUUCUAAUCAUUCAGGACUAAUUCCAAAGGAAUUACAGCAUUCUGAAAAGGCUGACGAAAAACAGAUUGCAAUCAUUUCGAAGAGUUUAUCCUCUUUACGGGUCAAUAAGAGACUAAAGGUUUCGCUUGUCAAGUUUUUGAUCACAGGAGUGCAGAACUACGAAAGAAGUGUUCCUGACCUAACACGAUUUCAGAUUAUUAAGUUGUGUCACCACCUUCAAAUUCCAGAGAACAUAUAUCUAUCACGAGAUACCCGGAGUAUAAUAGAAGUUUUACAGAUUCGUAGCAUUAAUGCGUAA